GCCAUCAGUAUUUUAAUGAAAGAUUUGGCUGAUGAACUUUCCCUAAUUGAUGUAAUAGAAGACAAAGUAAAGGGAGAGAUGAUGGAUCUCCAACAUGGCAGUUUUUUCCCCAAAAUGCCAAAGAUUAUUUCUGGCAAAGACUACAGUGUGACUGCAAACUCCAAGCUGGUUGUUGGUACAGCUGUAGCACAUCAACAGAAGGGAGAAAGUCCUCUUAAUUUGGUCCAGCACAAUGUGAAUAUCUUUAAAUUCAUCAUUCCCAAUAUUGUUAAAUACAGCCAAAAUUGCAAGCUGCUUAUUGCUUCCAGUCCAGUAGAUAUUUUGACAUAUGUGACCUGGAAGUUAAGUGGUUUUCCUAAGAACCAUGUUAUUGGAAGUGGUUACAAUCCAGAUUCUGCCUUUUUCCGUUACCUAAUUGGGGAGAGACUUGGUGUCUAUUUUUCAGGUUGUCAUGGAGGGGUCCUUGGGGAACAUGUAGACUCCAGUGUUCCUGUGUGGAGCAGUGUGAAUGUUGCUGGUACCUCUCAGAAGAAUCUUUAUCCUGUUUUGGGAACUGAUGCUGAUUCAGAGAAUUGGAAAGAUGUUCAUAAACAGGUGGUUGAAAGUGCUUAUGAGGUGAUCAAGCUGAAGGGCUACACUUCCCAGGCCAUUGGCUUGUCUGUGGCAGAUUUGGCAGAAAGCAUUAUAAAGAAUCUUAGGAGAGUGCAUCCAGUUUCCACCAUGAUUAAGGGCCUAUAUGUCAUUAAUGAGGAUGUCUUCUUUAGUGUCCCAGGUGUCUUGGGACACAAUGGCAUUUCAGAUGUGGUGAAGGUAAAUCUGAAUCUGGAAGAGGAGGACCAUUUAAAGAAGAGCACAGAUACUCUUUGGGGAAUCCAGAAGCUGCAAUUUUAA